AACCGCCUGCCCGCCACUCUAGCUUUGGGGUCUAGGGUCUUGGAUCCCCAGUCCCUUCAUCCCAUUGCCCUGACCCCAGGCCUUUGCCUCAGGUGCCCGAGUUGAGCUCCCUUCUCUGGCCUGGGGAGCAGCUGAGGACACCAGUGCUCCCACCUUGGGCCUCCCUCCCUGUCCCCAAAGCCCUGCAGGACAACUCUGCAGGUCGGAUGGGGUCCCAAUUGCAUGAGCAAGUGUGAGGGAGAUGGGGACUGGCACCCUAGGGCUCGGGGUGGGUGGGGUGGACCCCUGACCCUGCUGCGGUCAGGGUCUGGCCUGCCCCGAGCACCAGCCUCAUCCUCACCCAGCCUAGCCUCUCCUGAGGCUCUGUAUCUGUCCUUUUGGCUUCUGGUGCCUCGCUUAUCGCUCCCUCUACCUAUCUCUCUGUGGCUCAGUGCUCUCUCUCUCUCUCUCUCCCUCUGCUUCCUCUCUACGUCUGUCUCUGAUAGCCCACUUGUCUGUUUUCUGGUUCUGUGUCUGCCGCCACCUGUCUGUGUCCCUCUGUCUCUCUCUGUCUCCACGGAUGGCCUUGUCGCCCCAGCCCCGCGGGCCUCAGGUCCGCUCCUCUGUGAGGCGAAGGGUGCUGCUCAGGGCCAGGUCUUCCCCUCGCCCCACUUGCACCUGGGGGGAUUUAGACACUGUGUGACUCAGGGCCCCUCUCCUAGAGAGGUUCUUUCUGCCCUGACCUCCACCAUCCUGUCACUCUCCCUCCUACUCCCUUCUCGACUGACCCCCUUUCAUCCUCUUCCCACACCCAGAAGACCCUACCCACCCUGUACUCUUGACUCUCCCCUGAGAGAACCUGCUCAGAGUGACCCCGUCUUCCCCUGCCACCUCCCCACCUCCCUCCUGGGGCUGGCAGAGUGUGGAGAAGAGGCUCACUAGACCUGUCCCCAGGCUUCGUUCUGUCUGCCUCACUGCAAUACCUGGGGUUCCUCUCUUGAUCCUCACUCCCAACCCAGGGCUCACCCUAGCCUGGCUCUUCUCGACCUCUGGGUCUUUCUCCUUUCCUCAAGGUCACUCACCUAACAGUGUGGUAUUGUAGAAAGAGCACUGGACUGGGAGUCCUUUUGACUGCUUUUCAUCAGACUAACUUUCAGCACCUGCAACCCUGGCCACCUAUGCCUCCCCGUGCCUGGCCCCCCACCUCUUACCACCCUUCCAUUAGAUCUGGCCCUGGCCCAGGCCCAUCACUUUUAGCUUGGACCCCUGAUCAGGCCAGCGUGACCAGUGGGGGCUCCCACCCUGGACACGAGGAGCCUGGGGCCUCUCGGGCCUCACUCUUCAACCACAAAUGAACUGAGACCCAUGUGCCAACCCCAUUGGACGCCUUGCUUUCUUCCUCCCCCCACCGUGUGGCCUUCCCCAGGUUCCCACUUAGGAGACAGGGGGCCUGGGCCUCACAGCAGGGGGUGCUCAGGCUCAGGUGCCUCCCCACCCCCAGACAGCCCCUCGGCCCCAGUGAAUGUCACUGUCAGGCACCUCAAGGCCAACUCUGCGGUGGUGAGCUGGGACGUCCUGGAGGAUGAGGUUGUCAUCGGAUUUGCCAUCUCUCAGCAGAAGAAGGACGUUCGGAUGCUGCGCUUCAUCCAGGAGGUGAACACCACCACCCGCUCGUGCGCGCUCUGGGACCUGGAGGAGGACACCGAGUACAUCGUGCACGUGCAAGCCAUCUCCAUCCAGGGCCAGAGUCCGGCCAGUGAGCCAGUGCUCUUCAAGACCCCGCGCGAGGCGGAGAAGGUGGCGGCCAAGAACAAAGAUGAGGUGACCAUGAAGGAGAUGGGGAGGAGCCAGCAGCUGCGGACGGGCGAGGUGCUGAUUGUUGUGGUGGUCCUGUUCAUGUGGGCCGGUGUCAUUGCCCUCUUCUGCCGCCAGUACGACAUUAUCAAGGACAAUGAACCCAAUAACAACAAGGAGAAAACGAAGAGCGCUUCAGAAACCAGCACACCCGAGCACCAAGGGGGAGGUCUCCUCCGCAGCAAGGUGAGGGCGGGUCCCGGGCCUGGGUGCAGGAUCGGCUUGGGGCCAGGCGUGGCCGCAGCUGGACAGAGCCGAGCUUGGCCGUGGCUGGUGUGACACAGGGAACACUGCAAAUGGAUUUCGGACCUUCUCCUUUUGCCGGGUGCCAGGGGCCAGGGGGGCUAACAAAAUGCAGUGAAUGGGGAGGGCAGCAUGCUUGGCCGGUGUAGGACAGCACGAAUAGCGGGUUCUGGGCUUGUCGAUGCCCCUGCCGUGUUGUGUGACCUUGAGCAGGUGCUUCACCUCUUUGUGCCUUCAUUUCCUCUUGUGCAAAACAGAUAUGAAAGCCUUGUCAGUGCUUUUGCUCUGAGCAGCUCGGAAGAGACGGUAGAGAAGUGGGAGGAUCUCAUGGUCCUGAUGAGGAUUAUCCAACAAACAAACAUCUGGCCCUCUCCACAUUUCCUCCUCCCUCCAUCUCCUCACACCCCCUGGCUUACUGUCCUCUCUCUUGGCUUCUCUCUUUCUGGCGCAUUUUCCUGAAGCCUCUUAGUAACCCCCAUCUCCAGAAGCACCUCGACAGUGUCAGGGGCCGAGGCCGCACACAAAGGCAGGUCUGCAGGAUUUGAGAGAACAAGCCGGCGGUGGGAUGGCUCUGCUGGGGGUGGCCCGGGGGCCGGGGGGCUGAGGGCCUGGCACCCAGUCCUGGCCGCUGAGUCAGUGAGGCCGAAAGCUGGGUUUGAGAAGGCAGAGAGACGAGACACGCAGGCAGGGCUCCUCCUUUCCUUCCACACGGGAGGAGAGCCUGGCUUUUCGGCGGCAGCCCUUCCUUCUUGUGUCUUCCCCCUGUUUCCGACCUUGCAAGAAGUCUAUUCGAUUAGCCCUGGCUGCUUCUCUCAUUUUUUUCCUCCCAGUUUCCAAACAAGCCCUCGGUGAACAUCAUCGAAGCAUGACUGCCUGUCUGCAGGGAGAAGGAUUUCAUUUUUCUUCUCUGCUGGUCUCCAGGUCCAUGGGCACAGGGACAGGGAGGACUGCGGUGGGGGGAGGCCCAGCUAGCUACACUGUUCUCCCUCUUCCCCAUCCUAGUCUGGUGAAGGAUGCUGAACUACAAACCCAAAUUCUGCAAAAAAUUAACAAGCCACAAAACUAAAAGGCCUGGCCCCAUUCUGGAAAAGGCAAAGCUGCAUGAGACACAGCCUUCUUUCUGCCUCCUCGCCUCUCCUGGACUGGCUUCCUCUUCGAGAAAAUGCACAAAGCUCCUGGGAGAUGACAAGCACCUAGACUGACUCCAGCUGUGUCUUUGAGAGCAAGAGCCAUCAGGGAAGCCAUGGGGCAGGGUCAUGGCUGCCAGCAAGCCUUUCCUGGGUCCAGCCAUCAAGGACUUGUUUGUGGUGUAAUACACAACUCGGCGAGUGUGUAAGAGGUUCUGCUU